AUGGAAGAGGCACAUUUCUCUAUCCAAAACCUGGUCAAAAAGGUUAAGGAAGAAUUGUUUUCUUCUUCCACUGAUCUAUACUCCUUUGUGUCCCCGUCUGCUUAUGACACUGCAUGGCUAGCCAUGAUCUCUGAUCCUGAGCAACAUGGUCAACCCAUGUUCCAGCAAUGCGUGAAUUGGUUAUUAAACAACCAAAAUGAAAAUGGGUUAUGGGGAGAAUCCAAUAUUCCCACUAUAUAUUGCCUGCCUACAACUCUUGCUUGCAUGGCUGCAAUUAGUAAGUGGGACGUUGGAGCUGAGAAUAUUGAGAAAGGCAUGGCAUCUUUCCAUGCACAUGCAGCGAACCUACUUACAAAACAGGACGAUGGUUACCCUCGUUGGUAUGCUAUUGUCUUCCCUGGUAUGGUUGAGCUUGCACGUAAUGCUGGCUUGGAAGUUACCUUCUCUGGUGGAUUGAAGGAUGUCGUGGAAAACAUUUUCGACGAGCGAAAACGGAUUCUUGAAAUGGAAGUAGAUACAGAUCAAUAUCAUUAUCCGCCAUUGCUAUCAUAUCUUGAAGCUUUGCCUUCGACGUAUACUAUUGAACAAGAAAGGAUACUUUGUCAUGUUAAUGAGGAUGGUUCAUUGUUUCAGUCACCCUCGGCAACAGCUAAAGCUUAUAUGGCUACAGGGAAUAGUGGUUGUUUGAUGUACCUGACGUCCCUGAUUCAAAGAUGUGGCUAUGGAGUUCCUCCUAUGUAUCCAGUGGAUGAAGAACUUAUGAAUCUUUGCAUGUUGAAUCAAUUGGAAAAGCUGGGUGAAGCCGAGCAUUUCCUUGAAGAGAUUCAAGAUACUUUGGCAGUUGUUUAUAGGGAUUACAAGAAUCGGGUAUCAGAGGAAAUUCAUAUCAAUCGGCUGCCAAUACAAAUGUACAAAGACUCCAUAGCUUUUCGACUAUUAAGGAUUCAUGGUUACCAUGUAUCUCCAUGGAAUUUCUGUUGGUUUCUGCGUCAUAAUGACAUACAGAUCCACAUAGAAGAUAACUAUGAGCACUUCAUGAGUUGCAUAAUUAGUAUUUACAGAGCCACAGAAGUUAGAUUCGCUGGAGAAUAUGAACUUGAGGAAGCCAGAUCAUUCUCAAGGAAACUUCUCGAGAAAGCAAUUGCACUGAGUACCAAGAAUAAUUUUCUUUUGUACCCAAAUCUUAAGAAGCUGAUUGGACAUGAGCUUAAUUUUCCUUGGCUUGCUCGGUUGGACCAUUUGGAACAUCGGAGAUAUAUUGAAGCAGAUGAAACCAGCUUCCUUUGGAUGGGAAAGACACCUUUCUACUGGUCUCCCUACCUUCAUAAGGAUUUGCUCCUACAACUUGCUACGGAGAACUAUACAUUUAGACAAUCAAUCUACAAAAAUGAAUUGGAAAUGUUGAGAAGUUGGACUGAGGAAACAGGUCUUAGUAACAUGGGAUUUGGAAGAGAGAAAAGUACUUAUUGUUACUUCGCUAUAGCCACGAGCUGCAAACUGCCUUACUUUUCUCAAAUACGAACAGUAAUUGCAAAGAGUGCAGUAAUUGUUACAGUUGCUGAUGAUUUCUUCGACGUUGAAGGUUCAUUGGAAGAUUUGGAAGAACUAACAGAGGCAGUUAGAAGAUGGAAUUGUAUGAGCUUAAGAGGCCAUGGUAAAAUUAUCUUUGAUGCCCUUGACAAUCUGGUGACUGAUAUUGGCAAAGUAUACUUUGAACAACACAGGCAGAAUAUCAUGAAAUAUCUUCGAGAUUUGUGGUACCAAGCAUUCAUGUCAUGGCAGACAGAAGCCAGGUGGAGCAAAAGUGGAUAUAUUCCUUCGAUAGAUGAAUACCUUGAAACUGGCAUGAUAUCUAUAGCUGCACAAACUAUGGUUCUCUCAGCAGCAAGCUUGAUGAAUCCUGCCAUACCACCAAAGUACAUGAUGAAACGUGACCGAUAUGAAACCCUUACCAGAUUACUCAUGGUCUCAACUCGCUUGUUGAAUGACUUACAAAGCUACGAGAAGGAAAGAGAGGAUGGAAAAAUGAACCUCGUCAUAUUAUACUUGAAGGAAAAUCCAGAGGCUGAUAUCCAGGACUCAAUCUCUUCAAUAGAAAAUAUAUUGGAUGAGAAAAAGAAAGAGUUGUUAGAACAUGUUUUGAUGAACGAUGUUGGCCAGAUGUCCAAAUCAUGCAAACAGUUGCAUCUAUCCUGUUUGAAAGUAUUCCAAAUGUUUUUCAACAAUGCCAAUCAGUUCGACUCAGACACAGCCCUACUUCAAGACAUUAGGAAAGCAAUUUAUGAUCCUCUCGAAGUAGAAGUUCAUGGGUCUAAGCUUCGACCACUAACUGCUGGACACAACAAAUCGAAGAUAAAUUUAAUGUCCAGAAAGCAAGGCAACCAUAGCCACCCAAACCAUGGCAGGAAAAGCUUGGCCACAUGCUUGAUCAAGGGUUGGUAUGGAGGAUCAAAGUUUAUUAUGCCAAAAGUCACAUUUGGCAUUGUCUGA